AUGCGUCUUGGUGCUUCACCCCUUCAGAAAUGUACAGCAGCCAUACGUAUGUUAGCUUAUGGUUGUUCAGCUGAUCAAGUAGAAUAUCUGAAGCUUGGUGCAAGUACUACUAAAGAAUGUCUUGGACAGUUUUUUGAUGGAGUCAUUGCUCAAUUUGCAAUUGAGUACCUUCGCAACCCAACAUCGGAAGACAUCCAACGUCUCCUUAGAGAAGGGGAGGACAGAGGAUUCCCUGGCAUGCUUGGCAGCAUUGAUUGCAUGCAUUGGGUAUGGAAAAAUUGUCCAGGCGGAUGGAAAGGAAUGUAUCAAGGAAGAUCUGAAGCGACAACUGUCAUUUUAGAAGCCGUUGCUUCUAGGGAUUUAUGGAUUUGGCAUGCCUUUUUUGGGACUCCGGGAUCAUGCAACGACAUUAAUGUACUUCAGCGUUCUUUGGUUUUCAAUGAUAUAAUAAAUAAUCGUGCUCCACAAGUUUAA